GGAGGAGAUUAUGAGGUUGAAGGAGGAUUCGCCUUACGCCACCAACGAACCGACGGCUGAAAUGGACGAAACGAUGUCGCUUCAAUCCAAGUAUUCGAAUGCUCACCAGCGGAAGGUGGUUGUUGUUGGCUAUGCUCUUACCUCCAAGAAGACCAAGAGCUUUAUGAAGCCUAAGCUUGAAGGAUUAGCUAGGAAUAAGGGGAUAUUGUUCGUUGCAAUUGAUCAAAACAGACCUCUGUCGGAUCAGGGGCCAUUUGACAUUGUUCUGCACAAGUUGUCAGGAAAAGAGUGGCGUCAGAUUCUCGAGGAAUACAGACAAACACACCCAGAAGUGACUGUUCUAGAUCCGCCAGAUGCGAUACAGCACUUGCACAAUCGCCAGUCUAUGCUCCAGGCAGUUGCCGACAUGGAAUUAUCUGAAUCCUAUGGCAAAGUAGAUGUUCCAAGGCAAUUAGUCAUAAAGAAAGAUGCAUCCUCCAUUUCUGAUGCGGUGGGGAAGGUCGGGCUAAAACUUCCUCUUGUUGCUAAACCGUUGGUUGCUGAUGGAAGUGAAAAGUCCCAUGAAUUAUCUUUAGCUUAUGAUAAGUACUCCCUCCAAAAGCUUGAACCUCCUCUUGUCCUCCAGGAGUUUGUCAACCAUGGAGGUGUCAUGUUUAAGGUUUUCAUAGUUGGUGAAGCUAUAAAAGUGGUCAGACGCUUUUCGUUGCCAAAUGUCAGCAUGUGGGAGGUCUUGAAAAAUGCUGGUAUUUAUCGUUUCCCGAGAGUUUCUCAUGCUGCUGCAUCUGCUGAUGAUGCUGAUCUGGAUCCUUGUGUUGCUGAACUUCCUCCACGACCUCUAUUAGAGAGAUUAGCAAAGGAACUCAGACGUAGACUGGGUCUUCGAUUAUUCAACCUCGACAUUAUUCGAGAGUAUGGAACUCGAGAUCGUUAUUAUGUCAUUGAUAUCAACUACUUCCCUGGGUAUGGAAAAAUGCCAGAAUAUGAGCACAUAUUCACAGACUUCCUCUUGGGCUUGGUACAGAGCAAGUACAAGAAGAGAACAACUUACUAGAAACUUCUUUGAUUCUCAUACGGUCACGCUCAGUACUCUCCAGAUACUCUUGAAUAGCGCUCGAGGGCGAGGCUUCCAGUUGCAGCUCAUUCAGGCAACUCACUUGGCUGAAGGAUGGGAGAAGCGAUUUCGUAUGAAUUCUAUCCUUUGGUUUCAGCCAUUAUCUAAUGCUCUGCUCGCUCACUAAGACGACAAGUUUGCAGUUUGGAAGGUGUAAAUAUGCCUUUUUAACUUGCAUUAAUUAGCUCAAAAUCUGAACUGAUCUUACAGUCCCCUGUGCUUUUGUUGGGAGUUACUAGAAUGACUGUAAAUAUCUCUAAGGUAGAAAAGGGAAGUGCCAAGGAUCCAAUGUAAAUUCUGUUUAGAUGAAUUAAUUAACGCUUAUAACAUCUCUGAAUGAAUGGGAUUCAAGUCAUGCUGCUCACUAUGCUAAUGAAUAGAUAGUCAUGGUCAA